AUGGCGAAAGCCACGGCCGGCAUCCCCAUCGGAUGUCGCUCGAUCAUAUCAAGCCAGCGAUCUAGAAGCGCAGCGGCACCAGGAACCAGUUUAACGAGUCACAUCACAGUACCAGCUCAUCAAUCAGAGCAUACACCGUCUCCUCACUCGAAUUACCACCCGGGGAGCAUCUCUCACAUCAUUCGGCGUCGAUUCUCCCGCGAGUCCAAACCAUCGAUUGCUCACCAUGAACCAAGCAAGUUCAUGUUUCCGUUCCCGCGCAAGUCGUCAAGAUCCGCGUCAAAACCGGCGACCCAGCUUGCGGCCUUGAGUGCUUAUGGCAGCAGCUUGAUGAGCGAAAGUCGUUAUGACAGCGACGCCCAUUUCAUCUCGACUCCGAGACGCGACCUCAUAGAUUCACCAGCACACCGUGCCCGUCGUCGGAUGGAACUGAGUGACUUGAUCGAACGGAGUCAAGAGCAGCGGGAAUCUGAACGGUGGGCAAUCGGCCAAGGUGACGAUAUCCCAGAACCUCCCGAGUCGGUCUAUGGGUUGCGUUUCAUACCAACUCCACCCGGCACAAUCAGAAGUCAGCGCAGUUUAUACCCCAAAGUCCAUCACGCGGUCUCUUUUGAAGGACAUCAAAACCACACCAUGAAUUCGGCGAGAUCCUUGCCGGAUAUGCACUUGGCUAGUCAACGAGGAAACGGAUCAGUUGCGGGACCUUCUCCCGUCAAUUACAUCCGGGGCGGCAAUGAUCAGAACUGUUCGACAGAUAGUCAAAGCAUGGACAUGAGCAAUCAAAAGCACGGAGCCACAAGCCCAACCUCAUUGUCGAGUCAAUUACCGGACCUGGUGGUUGCCAAAAAACGACAGCGGACUGACUCGGGCGUGUUCUUCAUGGAUGGUCAACCUGUCCAUCUGGAAGACAUGGGUAUUUCGCAUCGACUGGCUUCUCAAUCUACAUCGUCCACACCAGUGUCCUGCAAUCCCUCGAUUGCUGAAUUGAUCCACAGCAACAGAUAUGGCAUCUUCAUGAACACUUCACACGAGAAUAUGCCAAAGGCGCAGAGAUCAACCACGUCGAUAACCUCUGGACACAAUCUACAAGCCCCGAUCUAUCACCACCAGGUCGGAUCGUCCUAUUAUUCUGAGCACCCAAGUUCGCUAUUAGGCAAUGCAUCUCCUCUUCGAUCCCCUUCUCUAGCCCUCAAUUCCGAGCAGUACGUCGUUACAGUCCAUGGCAGCAAAUAUAAUGUGGCGGCUGAGGAGGCCAACCUCCAACAUGCUCGAGCUCUGGCGAGUCCCGCUAUUGGUAGCAAGUUCCGCGAGCACUGCGACAGUGUGAUUUCCCUAAAUCCCCACGGAAAGGUUGAGUCCAAAGAGGCGCCUGGAGUAGAGGCACCACGCAAAGUCAGCGUGGGUUGGAUGUCUGGAGGCCGGCGAGUCGGUUAUGGGUAUAGUCCAGUGCCUGACGAGGAAGCUGCACAGUAUGAGCAACAUGGGCAUGGCCAUCCCAAUCCACAGCAAGCUCCAGGCCAAAAGGCAGAGGCGGCGAUGAGUGAUGCGAAUCUUCCAGGUGGUCAUAUUCGUCACAACCAGGUCCAAAAAAGCGACCUUGUGCAUGCAGCUGGCCCGUCCACCCCAGAGCCACAGUCUAAAACCGUCAAUCACCCUGCAAACACCCCCGAGGUUAACCCAACUAGCCUUCUUAGUGGAGGGGAUUCCAAUCAAACCAACAAUGAAUUCCCAGAGCCCCCUUACUUACGAGCCAUCAUGGAAGGCCGUCAUAGCCGGGAACAAGACUGCGGGCCUGUGGUAUCGGAGAAGCGAAGUACAAGAAGCCUCCAUGCAGCGAAGAUGCCCCCAAUGACUCAAUCCGAACAUUCCCACGUCCCACAGAGCACGAAUAACAUGAGUCAACAAUCAGAUACCGCUCUUCAGCAUUGUUCCCGCCUCAGCCAAUCGCUGAAUUCAAACCCACAAAAGCCAAAGAAUAAAAGAGGCCACAGAACGGGGAUACCGGACUCCGUUCGUCAAGAGAAGGGGCAGCAUGUUCCUUCCUCAGAGCACACUGCAGUCGACAUUGACCCGGGUUAUCUCGGUAUAGAGCACGAUUCCAACGCCGAGGACGCGGCUCGUUUAUUACGCCCAAGCAACCCUCGGAACGCAAAUUGGGUCCGCAGACUCUCCAAGCACCAGGUCAGUAAGAGGCAGUCCAAUGCACAUGGGCAGGAAGUCUCGCAGUUGUCGCCAGGUCUGUACCGGAACUUUGGCUCCGGCAGUCUCGAGCGAGCGGAUUCCACCAAGAGUAUCGGUACAAAUGUGGAGGAGCUGGCGAGUAUGUAUCAGGAAUGUCUCGAGAUGCCCGGAUCCUUUGAGGGAAGUCGAUGGGCCAGUCGGACAAGUCGAAUGUUGUGGGAUCUGGUUACGACGGAUGAUCGAUGA